UCCCUUCGUUUCUUUCCCCAAUUUGCAGAAUGUCAAAUGAAAGAAGACGGUCAAGCUUCGGAAAUCAUCUGCUAUUCCUGGUCUUGAUAAUUGGUUCUACAUAUUUCGUGUGCUUUGCUCGACAUACCAUAGCAGCAGUAACUGAGUUGCUUAUAGAUGACUCAGGAGACACUCUUGUUUCAGUUGGAGAGAUGUUUGAACUUGGCUUCUUUACAUCUGGAAAUGGGAAUUCCCCAAAUACAUAUGUUGGGAUAUGGUAUUACAGAUCAAACCCUCAAGUAUUUAUAUGGGUUGCUAACAGAGACAAUCCACUUUUAGAACCUGGCGGAGUUUUUGCUAUUAAAGAUGGGAACCUUGAGGUGCUGGAUAGAAAUGAAACUUCUUACUGGUCCACUGGUCUGGCUUCAUCAUUAUCAACUGACCAAGAAGUGGAGCUCAUAGAUUCCGGUAACUUGAUACUAAGAGACGCCAAGUCCAGGACUAUUCUAUGGCAGAGUUUUGAGCAUCCAACUGAUACUUUUCUUGCAGGGAUGAAGAUGGACGAAAACCUCAAGUUGACUUCAUGGGCCAGUCCUGAUAAUCCGUCAACAGGGAAUUUCACAUUCAAGUCAGAAGGAGAAGACAACCAGUUUAUCAUUUCACAAAAGCUAGUCACAUACUGGAGAAAUGGUGAGAUAGGUAAUUCUUUCAGCUCAGAUGAAAUGCCAACAACCAUAUCCUACUUCUUGUCGAAUUUCAGCAACAAACCAAAGGUUAAUAACUCCAAGAAAGUUCUUCCUAUAUCUUUACCGCAAUACAAGAAUACAAGGUUAGUGAUGAGUUUUACUGGCGAGAUACAGUUUUGGUCAUGGAACAAAGAUAAAAUGGAGGGAUUUUCUUGGUCUCUAAUUUGGUUGGAGCCUGCAGACAAGUGCGGUAUAUCAAAGUUUUGUGGAGAUUUUGGCAGCUGCAAUAACAACAAUAUAUUGAAAUGUAAAUGUCUACCUGGGUUUGUGCCUCGCUCACCUGAUAAAUGGAAAUCUCGAGAUUUCUCAGAUGGGUGCACCCAAAAGUCCACGGCAUGUGGUGACACUUUUCUUGGCUUACCCAACAUGAAAGUGAGGAAGCCAGACACACAAACUAUGACCCAGAAUGAAUCAGAAUGCAGAAAGGAGUGCCUUAAUGACUGUAAGUGCCUGGCCUACUCAUAUGUCACCACUGACAACACAAGAGGAGACGUCAAUGCUUCUACUUCCUUCUGUUGGGCUUGGACAGAGGACAUCUACAAUCUUCAAGAACAAUAUACAAACAAUGGCCUUCACCUCUACAUCCGGGUGCUCACUUCAGAUAUAAAAUCCACAAGAAAAAAUUGUGAGACGUGUGGCACAAGUAUAGUACCUUAUCCCCUGAGCACUGGGCCACACUGUGGCGAUCCCAUGUAUAACAGCUUCCAGUGUGACAAUUCCUCAGGGGAGGUCAGAUUUCGAGCACCCAGUGGCACCUAUCCAGUCACUGUAAUCAAUCCUGACACACGAAGUUUUAUAAUACAAACCCAUGAUGCAGAUAAUUGUGGUGCAAGAAAUUCAAGAGACACAUUGCUGCAGCUUAAUGAAUCUUUACCUUUCCGAGUGACCAGCUGGUGUGUUGCUGAUCUAAUUAAUUCCCUUUCUGAUACGUCAUCUAAAUGGACAAGGGAAAUAGAGAUUUCUUGGGCACCGCCAGGAGAGCCAACCUGCAGUUCUUCUGAAGGCUGCAUGGACUGGCCAAACACAUUUUGCAACAAAGCAGAUGAUGGACAGAGAAGGUGCCUUUGCAGGACACCAUUUCUAUGGAAUUCCUCAGCUAUGAAUUGUACUCAUGAAUUUGACAUCAACGUUGAGCAAGGAGCAAGUAUACCUCCUUCGGAACAAAGUCAGUCGCUGGUUACAAUACUUGUGGCAACUCUAUUAAGUUUCUUGGUGGUUUCAUGCGUGAUUUUUAUUUACUUGUGGAGACGGAAAAAAUCUGGACAACAACACAACAGCGAAAAUGCUCAAAGACAAGCAGCAAUUCAGUUGUAUGACAGCGAGAAACGUGUUAAAGAAAUGAUGGGUUCAGGCCAAUUUAGUGAAGAAGAUAAGAAAGGUAUAGAUUUACCCUUCUUUGAUUUUCUCGACAUACUCACUGCUACGGACAAUUUCUCAGAAGCAAAUAAGCUUGGCAAGGGAGGUUUUGGACCUGUUUACAAGGGUUAUUUUCCAGGAGGUCAAGAAAUAGCCGUGAAAAGACUGUCAAGUUUGUCAGGGCAAGGCUUGGAGGAGUUUAAGAAUGAGAUUGUGUUAAUUGCUAGACUUCAACAUCGGAAUCUUGUGAGACUUUUGGGCUACUGUGUAAGGGGAGAUGAAAAAAUUCUGCUAUACGAAUACAUGCCUAACAAAAGCUUAGACUUUUUCUUGUUUGAUGAAUCACGAAGCGUGAUGUUGGACUGGGAAAUGCGGUUUAACAUCAUAUUGGGAAUAUGUCGAGGACUAGUUUACCUGCAUCAAGAUUCAAGAUUGAGAGUUAUUCAUAGAGAUCUAAAGGCUAGCAACAUUCUACUGGAUUCAGAGAUGAAUCCAAAAAUAUCUGACUUUGGGUUGGCCAGGAUUUUUGAAGGCAAACAAACAGAAGGUGCCACAAACAAAGUUGUGGGAACUUAUGGUUAUAUGUCUCCGGAGUAUGCACUAGAAGGAGUUUUCUCAAUAAAGUCGGAUGUUUUCAGCUUUGGUGUGGUUAUACUUGAGAUUAUCAGUGGAAAAAAGAACACAGGAUUUUAUCAGUCCGAAAAGGCCCUAAACCUUUUAGGUUAUGCAUGGAAAAUGUGGCAGGAAGACAAGGUGUUGGAUAUAAUGGAGGAGAGAAUUCGUUUAAGUUGCAAAAACACUUCUGAAAUUUUAAAGUGCAUAAAUAUAGGGCUGUUAUGUGUAGAAGAGGACCCAAGUGAGCGUCCAAACAUGUCAACUGUUAUGACCAUGCUCAGCAGUGAAGCUACAUUUCUUCCACCACCAAGACAACCAGCUUUCGUGCUAAGACAACGCCUUUCCACUACAGCUUCUAGUUCUAGCAAACCAGAUUCAAACACUCCAUUAACAGAUACCAUUUUACACGGUCGAUAACUUCACACCUUUAUUAAUUGUCAACUUUCCUUUUUAUUUUUUUAUUCUCUUUUCUCACUCAGAACAAAUGUAAUUUAGAUCAGGUGGCUUCAGAUUGGGUAUGCUGUUAUGUUUGAUCCAAAUUGGGUAUUUUAGGUUUCAUCGUUAGUCAAAAGAAGCAUCAAUUGCAUUGCUCAUUGCUAUUGCCA